AUGGGCACACACCCGUCUCUCCCUUCCAAAGAUGUUGAAACCCAACGAACUCUUCUUGACAUGGUCCAAGACAACCAGUCUUUGUUGUCGACCGAGAUAAGUGAGCGAUUUGGCGGUAAACUUCCAUUCCUCUUCAAGGUGCUGUCCGUUCAGAAGGCGCUCAGUAUUCAGGCCCAUCCCAACAAGAAGCUUGCAGAGCAGCUUCAUGCCCGGGACCCUAAGAACUACCCUGACGACAACCACAAGCCUGAGAUGACUAUUGCAAUUACGCCAUUUGAAGGACUGUGUGGCUUCCGUCCUCUCGCCGAGAUCACUCAUUUCCUCCAAGCCGUAGAGCCUCUGCGCACUCUCGUUGGUGAUAGUGUUGCGAGCGAGUUUGAACAGUCUGUCAAGAGCAACGAAGACUCGGAGGACCCAACCGUCAUCCAAAAGAACAAGGAUGCUCUGCGCGCCCUCUUCACCACUUUGAUGGAGUCUUCACCCGAAAAGGUGACCGCAGCGACCUCCGCUCUCAUGUCCAUUGCAGAGAGCAAGCCCGAAAGCUUUGGAAUCCUUCCCGGCGAGGUUGAAACCAACCCCACAAACCCCACAGAGCUGGCAGCCCUCGCCAAGCGUUUGAACGGAGAGUUCCCGAACGAUAUUGGUCUGUUCGUCUUCUUCUUCCUCAACUUUGUGAAGUUGUCCUCUGGCGAGGCCAUGUUCCUCAAGGCAGAUGAUAUCCACGCAUACAUCUCCGGUGAUAUUAUCGAGUGCAUGGCUGCGUCCGAUAACGUCGUGCGCGCGGGUUUCACCCCGAAGUUCAAGGACGUCGACACCCUCACACAGAUGCUCACUUACUCAUAUGCACCAAUCGAGGAGCAAAAGCUCCAGGCAACAGACUACCCCUACGCUGUUCUCAACGCAACUGCAUACUCGAGCGCUUCGUCCGCCAUGCUCUAUGAUCCUCCAAUUGACGAGUUCAGCGUCGUGAAGAGCGACCUGAAGCGUACCGGUGCCAAGGUGACCUUCGAUGGUAUCUCUGGGCCUAGUAUCAUCAUUUGCACCCAGGGCAAAGGCAAGAUCACUGUGGGUAACAAGACCGAGGACGUGCGCGAAGGUUAUGUCUUCUUCGUUGGUGCGACUGCUGAAUGCGUGAUUGAGAACGUUGGCAGCGGAGAGGGCGAUGAUGAUGUGUUCACUACCUAUAAGGCUUUCUGUGAAUUGGCCCCGGCUGGUGAGGAAUAA